CGAAGCAAGCGAUCUAGUAGUGGAGCAUCGAUAAUGGCUGCCCCUCCCGGCACUAUGAUGAUCACCGUUCCGGCAAAUAUGCCGCCCGGUGGAACGCUGCAGGUCACAGCUCCAAAUGGGCAGCCAUUGAUGGUGCAGGUCCCGCCCGGCCAUGGCCCUGGCUCGACCUUCGCGGUCCGCGUGCCCGGCCCGCCCGCGCCGCCGGCGCAACCAGUGCUUGUCCAACCCCCGCCGCAACCGACCCCGGCACAAAACUACGCAGCGCUCGCCGCGGCGAACGCGCCGCCGACGCAGACGGCGCCGCUGCCCACGCCCAAAGGUCCGUGCCUGCUCGUGGAUCACAUCGACGUCCCGGGCGACGGGUCUAGCGUGUUGAAUCCCAUGUCGCUGGGUGUGGAUAGGGGCGGCCAGGCCUUCGCGGGCUACGUCGCGGACGACCUCGACGGCGCCGGCGCAAAGCCCGCCUACGCGGCAGUUAUCUCGACGCGGGACUGGCAGAAGCACUGCCCGGCGGGACAAGACGUGCCGCAGGGCCUCGUGGUUCCCAUAUACCCAUCGGCCGUCGAUCAAAAGGGUCAGAUCGAAUGGACGGGCGCCGCCGUGGCAGAGCUCCACCUGGACAACUUGGUGACUCCCUGUUGCAAAUGCAACGAUCCUCUGUCGGCGAAGGUGACCAAGGACGGCCAGACCUACGAGAUCGUGUCCGAAAGUGGAAGAUGCAUGAGAUUGUGCGCUUGCAUCCCGUGCCAGCCGUGCGUCUCCGACUCGGACAUGACCCUUGGCGAAGGUGCGGCCCAGGUAAGGCUCAAGGGCGCGAAGACCAAGCCGUGCUGCGAUUGUAACCGCAAGGACACGACCGUCUUCCGACGUGUCGAGGGAGAGACCAAGGCGGGCAUGCACCGGGCCGUCCUCAACACGGAGGCGGCGCUGGGCUCGUGCUUGGGCUCGAAGGGCACCCGCGAGCUCGUGCGGCACAAGCGCCACUCGGGAGAGUGGUUGCGCGGGCCACUCGGUGGCUACUACUCGGAAGAAAGCAAAAACGGCACGCCGACCGGGAGCCAGGCGUACAGCAUCAGGCUCCCCGCCAAGAACGCGCUGCCACCCGAGGUGUGGUUCGCCGCGACGGUGUUCGAGGGGAUCGCGUACCCCUACCACAAGAUGCGCGUGCAAGGAGGAGAUUGUAGACCUUCAUUUGAACCGGAUUAUAGUGCCGGCGCGCCGUGCGGGAUGGAGAUGAACCGUUAG